CUCUCUGCAUUCACAUAGAAUCUAGACCAUGGCCAACAGACAUUACCUAUGUUUUAUUGGAUUACUGAUUUCCAUUUCGGUGCAGUGGACUUCGUGUGCUAACAAGGAUGAGCUCGAACCGUUCUACUGGAACAAUAAAGGAAGGAAUGCUAUUCACGCAGCCCUAAAUAAACCACGUAAUUCACACCAAGCCAAGAAUGGCAUCCUCUUCCUGGGAGAUGGUAUGGGUAUACCAACAGUGACUGCUGCCCGGAUCCUCAAAGGCCAGUUGGAGGGAGUAAGUGGGGAGGAGUCCAGUCUAGCUAUGGAUUCUUUCCCCCACCUGGCCCUUUCUAAGACGUACAACGUGGAUCAGCAGAUGCCAGACAGUGCUGGCACAGCAACAGCGUACCAGUGUGGUGUGAAAGCCAACUAUGGCACUCUGGGGGUCAGUGCUGCCACUCCAAGGUACGACUGCCAGGCUACCCAUGGGAAUGAAGUCAUAUCUGUUCUUCACCGUGCCAAGGCUGCAGGGAAAUCAGUUGGCAUUGUCACCACAACCAGAGUUCAACAUGCUUCUCCUGCUGCAGCCUACGCUCACGUUGCCAGCCGGGACUGGUAUUCUGAUGCUGAUCUCCCAGAUGAGGCAGUCCAGAAUGAGUGCCGUGACAUUGCUUACCAGCUGGUUUACAACACAGAGAUAAAUGUUAUCCUCGGUGGAGGUCGUACCUAUAUGUUUCCCACAACAGUGGAAGACCCAGAGUAUUUAAAUAAGACAGGAGUCCGAAAGGACGGAAAAAAUCUGGUCGAUGAAUGGUUAAAGAACAAACCGAAUGCUAAAUAUGUUUGGAACAAGGCUGACUUUGAUGCUAUCAAUCCUGCAACGACAGACUUCCUGAUGGGUCUGUUUGAGCCCAAAGACUGCUGGUACGAGCUGGAUCGUGACCCCUCCAUGGACCCAUCCCUUACAGAGAUGACAGAGAAAGCUAUCAAGAUCCUCAGCAAGAACCCCAAAGGAUUUUUCCUCUUUGUGGAAGGGGGGAGAAUCGACCACGGUCACCAUGCAACAAUGGCCAAAAAGGCACUCCAUGAAGCUGUACAGUUUGACCGAGCAAUCGAGCGAACGGCUGACCUCGUCAGUGACCUGGACACUCUGACUAUAGUCACUGCAGACCACUCUCAUGUUUUUGCUUUUGGAGGUUAUUCUCCCAGAGGAAACCCUGUUCUAGGGAUCUCUGAUACCACGGCUACUGACAACAAACACUUCACCACUGCUGUGUAUGGGAAUGGACCAGGAUACCAGAUUGCCAAUGGAAGUCGCCCGGAUGUGAAUGAAUCAAUUUCAACGGACAACAACUACGUCCAGCAGACUGCUGUCCCUCUUGAUUCAGAGACCCACGGCAUAGAGGAUGUAGCGAUUUUUGCCAAAGGUCCCAUGUCACAUCUUUUUGAUGGAGUCCAGGAACAGAGCUACAUUGCUCAUGUGAUGGCUUAUGCUUUAUGCAUAGAGCCCUACGUGGACUGCCAAUUACCUGAAGGCAGCCAUGCUGUAGCAAGCCACCCUAGCCUGCUGCUUCUUCUGAUUAGCCUCCUUCUACUUCCUUUCUACUCUAUCUGAAAUGACAUGAUAUCUAUCCCUGGAAAAUCGGUGCUAUCUGAGAAUUUGGAUGAGGAAUAAAUUAUUGUUUUCGCUCUACUGUGUGUAAUUUAAAAAUGAUGUAGUAGUUUUAGA